AUGGCUAAUAGCAUAUUAGUGGAAUCUAUUAAAAAAUACUUUUUGGAAUUGAGGAAUCCUGAAAAACACAAACUAUUUUAUAACGAAGCUACAAAUAUUUCAAAAAAUUGUAAUAUUACACAUCCCUCUGAAAAAGUUAAGCAAAGAAGAAUAAAAAAAAAAAUACCAAAAGGGUUGGAAAAAUUUGUAUAUGAAAAUAGCAUUAUGGAAAAACAAGUACCAAUAAAAGAAAACGAAUUUAUAUCGGGAAUAUUCUAUUGUAUUUUGGACAAAAUAACAAAUGAGUUAGAUAAGAGAUUCGGUGAUAAUUCUGAUAUAAUAAGUGGAAUAAGUGCUCUUAAUCCAGAAUCGUUAACAUUUUUAACAUAUGACACUAUACUUCCUUUUGCUCGAGCUUAUUUAGGUGACAUAGAAUGCCUUAAAUCAGAGUUAAAAAUAUUAAAAAAAGUCCAUGAACCGUUAUGA